AAAUGCCAUGACAGAAUACAUCAUUCUGAGUGAUACAUUUACAUUUACAAACGCACGAUGAGUAAUGAAAUGUUAAUAGUCCGUAGCUGGAAUAUGAGGCGGCGCAAAUCUGAUGGGGCUUUUUUUUAUUAAUUUCUUUUCUUUCUUUUUUUUAGUUCUGGCUUCUUCUCCAAAGUGUGGAGGCGUAGCGGUCCCGGGGGAGACGCGGCAGAGGACGCCGUCAGCGGCAGAAACUGCUCACAUCUCACACAUGCGCUACCCGCAGUACGAUCCGCCGCUAAUUAGUUCUCUUUGCAGUCAAACCAAAACCCAGGCAGUAUUCAGUCUCCACCUUCAACUCUCUUUACGCAUUUUAACUCACACUGAUGCUGAAAUGCGCUAAGACAUCAUGAGAAAUUUGACAUUUUAUGGGAUUUUUCCUGAAGAUUCACGCUAUUAGGUAUAAUAAUUUUGACUUAAAUAUGAAGACGAUGGAUUACAGGGCAUGGAUUUUGAGCGCACGCUAGGAAUGGUUAUAUCGUACAGCAAUAUCACAAAAAGACGCCACAUUACGCACAAUAGCGCUCUUUAAACAGGCCAUUAUAGAAGCUGCCGUGAGAUCCCUGGUGUAACAUGCGGUCUGCGGUUCACUCAGCGUUGGUUACGCUGCUUGAAUCACUCCCUUUGCUCUUACUUCCUAAAUAGUGCUGUCUAAACAAACAAGGUAAAGAAGGUGAAAACGCACCGAACUGAGCACAUGGUGCUGGUGCCGAUCGUCCCGGUGCGAAGCGGCAUCACGUGUAAGAGGAACCGGGGAACCCAGAAGUUUGACGUAUCAAUACGAGAAGGAAGCUGGAGCGGCGCGGACGCACGGCGAUGGGCGCCUCCGUGCCGAGCCUCACUCUCCGUCCAGCACAGAUGCUGCGAUUUUUUUAGAAAUUGUUAUUCCCGUCCGAUCUGUUCACUUAAGGUGCCGCAAUCCGGAUCUGAAUCUACGCAAAUCAGAGCAGCGGAAAAGUACACUGGGAGUGCGCAAACGAAGUACAAUAGAAGCACGCUUCGGCUCACGAAGGAUUUGGCUGCGGUGUACUGACAUUACAAGAAACGCUUAUGGGAACUUACGGUACCUCAGCUGAAAGGACCCCGCUGCCAGCUGCGCUAUCAUGACUGAUGGCGAGGCGCGAAAGCCCGUACAGUACUUGGACUUCCAGGAGGUGAGGGUACCCAUUUGGGAGUCUGUCCAGCUCCCGGUUCGGUGCGAGGACACCGAGGGCGAUGAGGAGAAGGAGAAGGAGGACGGCAGCGCCGGGAACCCUAACGCGGAGAGUACCGGUUCCGGCGGGUCGAGCGGCCGCGAUCCCGCUCCUGACCUGGUCAUGGAUGAUAAGGAGCAGCCGCCGUACCCGGGCCUGGCACCCGUUGUCUUCUUUUGCAUCAAACAGACAACUCGACCUCGCAGUUGGUGUCUCAGACUGCCCUGUUGACCCUGAAGUGGGUGAUGCCUCCCCAUUGUUUGGCCAAACUGCUGUGGACCCAGUCGAUGGGACUCAAGAUGAAGCAUCGCUUUUGGAUGUACAGCCCGGCCUGAAACGUUGUCUAAUGGUGACUAGACGGAUAAGUGAACGAGCGAACCGCUCCAAGGACCCCAGGACGUCUUCGCUUAGAACGUUCCGGAAGGAUGGUCUGUCUUCAUGUUUUGGAUACCGUGCCGGCCAUCCGUCGUCAGGGGGAGAGCGACCCACAAUGUCUGUUCCAGGGGAGGUUUACGUUCUGUGCUGUCGGGGGAGUUUUCUGUGUGACUGAGGGGCGCAAAUGUGAUAAAUUCUCCCUCUGUUCUUCUCUGUUUGCCUCUCGCUGGCAAUUUAAACUUUUUGUCAGUCUCUUUCUGGCGGGAUGGAAUGGAAAUGAUGAAGAUGUGGGGGGGGGGGGGGUCACAGCACGACUGAAGAUCCCCCCUCGUGUAAUCAGUCUUGUUAUUACCUAGUUACCCGCUAACAAUAUUAUGAGUUACUACAGUGUUCUGCCAGAUGGACAGACAGGAAUACUGAGUGUUUGGCUUUUUGGUGAUGAAUUAACUGCUGUUUAAGCCAAGGCAAAGGUCUGUCCUUUCAUUGUCUACCAGCCAUAGAAAGAAAUGUAAAUGCAAUUAGCAUAUUAUAUGAAUGCUAUAAAUGAAAUGAGUGGGGGGUGGGGGUUUGCAUGUCUUCUUUUUACAUGAAUUUGUGGCUGACGAGCGUUCUGUCAGGUUUUUCUCUGAAGAUACACCUGGGGGAGCCGCCUGUUCCCAAGCUAGUGGGGGUGGCUGUUUUGUUUUUUUUCUCUCUCUCCAUUUCCUGUUGACCCUUGACCCCUGUGCACCUGGUUCGAGCGGGUGAGCAUGCUGGUCAUCCUCCUGAACUGUGCGACCUUGGGCCUGUACCAGCCCUGCGAGGACAUCCGGUGCGAAUCUGAGUGGUGCUCCGUCCUGCAGGCGUUUGAUGACUUCAUCUUCGCCUUCUUCGCCGUUGAGAUGGUCAUCAAGAUGCUCGCUCUCGGGAUCUUCGGGCCCAAGUGUUACCUAAGCGACACCUGGAAUCGCCUGGACUUCUUCAUCGUCAUGGCAGGGAUGAUGGAGUACUCGCUGGACGGCCACAACUCCAGCCUAUCAGCCAUUCGCACCGUGCGCGUGCUGAGACCCCUACGGGCCAUCAACAGAGUCCCCAGCAUGAGGAUCCUGGUGACGCUACUCCUGGACACGCUGCCUAUGUUAGGCAACGUGCUCUUGCUGUGCUUCUUCGUUUUCUUCAUCUUCGGCAUCGUGGGGGUGCAGCUCUGGGCCGGGCUGCUGAGGAACCGGUGCUUCCUAGAGGAUGAUUUUAGGAGGACGUACAACCUGUCUUUCCUGAGUCCCUACUACAAGCAUGAGGAUGGGGAGGACAACCCCUUCAUCUGCUCUUCGCCCCGGGACAACGGGAUGCUGCACUGCCAGAGCGUGCCCCCCCUCAAGGAGGGCAGGACCGAGUGCCAGCUGGGCGUCGCCUCUGCCAACCACACGGACGAGGGCUGCGUCAACUGGAACCAGUACUACAGGCUGUGCCGGCCAGGGGAGCUCAACCCGCACAAGGGAGCCAUCAACUUCGACAACAUCGGCUACGCCUGGAUCGCCAUCUUUCAGGUGAUAACCUUGGAAGGAUGGGUGGAUAUCAUGUAUUACGUCAUGGAUGCCCACUCUUUUUACAAUUUUAUAUACUUCAUGUUACUCAUCAUCGUGGGCUCCUUCUUCAUGAUCAACCUGUGCCUGGUGGUGAUCGCCACCCAGUUUUCGGAGACCAAGCAGCGGGAAAACCAGCUAAUGCGGGAGCAGCGCGCUCGCUUCCUGUCCAACGACAGCACGCUGGCCAGCUACUCAGAGCCGGGCAGCUGCUAUGAGGAGCUGCUCAAGUACGUGGGCCACCUGUACCGCAAGGUGAAGCGCCGGGCGCUGCGCGUCUACGGCAACUGGCAGAGCAAGCGACGCAAGAAGGUGAACCCCAACGCCAGCAGGGGUGGGGCCGGCGCCGGCCGGAGGCGGGCCCGGGCUGUUAGCGGCGACCGCCGGUGGACACGCUCCAAUCACCAGCGCCAUUACCACUUCAGUAAUGGCAGCCCCACCCACUCCCAGGGCACCUAUGAAACUUCAGAGAGGCGGGGCUUCUCACAAGCCAGCCCCCGGCCCUGGAGGCCCGGCCCAGGACACACCUCCUACAUUAAUGGCGGCAUCAAUUACCCCACCGUCAUGUCCUCAGCCCUCUCCGGCUACAUCAGUGCCACCCCCAGACGAAAGGGCAAGAAUCCGGCGACUCCUGCUUUAAACUACAGCCUCCCUGACCCCUGUGAUAGGCUGCACCCAUUUGCUGGUGAGCAAGGCCUGCAUCGGGGGGCUGUCUGCCUCAGCCUGCAGCUCCCCGCGGGGGGAACGGUCCCGACCAGGCCUCGCCUCGAGGCCCCUGGCUGCCCGUACUGUGCCGGGACCCUGGAUACGGUUUGUGACUCGGACAGCAAUGGCUCGGAGGCGGAGGGAGUAGCCCUGGAGUUCUCCCGUGAGGUGAGGCAUGGCAGAGGCAGUUGGGGAGGCCGGAGCUGGCCCCGCAAAAGGCAGCACUCAGUGCCACGACUGUGGGAGAAAUUCCAGAUGAAGCUGAAGAGGGUCGCGGAGAGCAAGUACUUCAACCGCGGCAUCAUGAUCGCCAUCCUGGUUAACACACUGAGCAUGGGCAUCGAGUACCACCAACAGCCAGAUGAGCUGACGGACAUUCUGGAGAUCAGCAACAUAGUCUUCACCAGUAUGUUUGCACUGGAGAUGCUGCUCAAACUCCUGGCCUUCAGUCUCCUAGGCUACAUCAGGAACCCCUACAACAUCUUUGAUGGGAUCAUCGUCAUCAUCAGCGUGUGGGAGAUCGUGGGCCAGGCAGACGGCGGCCUGUCUGUGCUGCGGACAUUCCGACUCCUUCGGGUGCUCAAGCUGGUCCGCUUCCUGCCAGCGCUGCGGCGUCAGCUGGUGGUGCUGAUGAAGACCAUGGACAACGUGGCCACCUUCUGCAUGCUCCUCAUGCUCUUCAUCUUCAUCUUCAGUAUUCUAGGAAUGCAUCUGUUCGGCUGCAAGUUCAGCCAGAGGACGGAAAACGGAGACACCAUCCCAGACAGGAAGAACUUUGACUCCUUGCUGUGGGCGAUUGUCACCGUCUUUCAGAUCCUGACCCAGGAGGACUGGAACAUGGUGCUCUACAACGGCAUGGCCUCCACCUCCCCCUGGGCCGCCCUCUACUUCGUGGCCCUCAUGACCUUCGGCAACUACGUGCUCUUCAACCUGCUGGUGGCCAUCCUAGUGGAGGGCUUCCAGGCGGAGGGAGAUGCCAACAGAUCAGACGCCGGUGAGGAGAAAUCAUCAGUGACGUGUCCUGAGGACGAGAAGCAGCCGGAGUGCCAGGCCGCAGAGAUGAAGACGUACUCUCUCGUGGUGGGAAACGGGCACCUGGAGGGCGGCGCCGGCAGCCUGCCCGCCCCAGCCAUCAUGCACACGGCGGCCACCCCCCGGAGCUCGCUGGGCGCCGACCUGAUGCACGGCGCCUGUGAGUCACGCAGGGGCAGCGGCGCCUUCGUGGAGCCCGGCAGCUGUGACCAGAGGUCCCCGUCCAGUCGACAGGGCUCCCCUUGCGCCCCCUGGGGGUCAGGCAGCGCCUGGGGCAGCCGGCGCUCCAGUUGGAACAGUCUGAGCCGCGCGCCCAGCCUGAAGCGGCGGGACCUGUCGGGAGAGCGGGAGUCGCUGCUGUCAGGCGUGGGCCGCAGGGGCGUCGACGAAUCGGACGAGGAUGGCGAGCCGGGCGCAGGAACGGGGGCCGUGGGCGGGGGGCCGCUUCUCCACCCCCACCCCGAAACCCUGGACCUCCCUGAGCUGCUCCAUGGACCCGCGGGCCGCUCAUCUGUCGAGAUGCUUGAUCGCAAUGGGAGGACCCUCCACCCCCCCCACGCGGGGUUAUUAAGACCCCCCAAGGAAGACCCCGACAGCGAGGAGGACAUGGACGACACCUGUGGGAUCCGGCUGAGGAAGACUUGGGAGAGGUAUAGGCCCUGGUGGUGUGUCGAUCACAAGGAUUGGUCCCUAUACAUCUUCUCCCCGCAGAACAGGUUCCGAGAGGCCUGCCAGCGGCUAAUCUCACACAGGAUGUUCGACCAUGUGGUGCUGGUCUUCAUCUUCCUCAACUGCAUCACCAUUGCCUUGGAAAGGCCCGACAUCCUCCCUCGCAGCAGGGAGCGCCUGUUCCUCACUAUCUCCAAUUACGUUUUCACUGUGAUCUUUGUUGCUGAGAUGACUGUAAAGGUGGUGGCGCUGGGCCUCUGCGUGGGGGGUGAGAGCUACCUGCGAAGCAGCUGGAAUGUGUUGGACGGCGGACUGGUGAUGGUCUCGUUGGUGGACCUCCUGGCGUCGCUGGCUUCUGCUGGCGGAAACCGGAUCCUUGGCAUCCUGAGAGUUCUCCGCUUGCUGAGGACGCUGCGGCCGUUGAGGGUGAUCAGCCGGGCUCCAGGCCUGAAGCUGGUGGUGGAGACCCUGAUCACGUCACUGCGGCCCAUCGGGAACAUCGUGCUGAUAUGCUGCGCCUUCUUCAUCGUGUUCGGCAUACUGGGAGUUCAGCUUUUUAAGGGGAAGUUUUACCACUGCGAAGGACCUGACAUGAAAAACAUCACCAACAAAUCGGACUGCCUCAGCGCCAACUAUCGCUGGAUACGGAGGAAGUACAAUUUCGACAACCUGGGCCAGGCUCUGAUGACCCUGUUCGUCCUGGCUUCCAAGGAUGGCUGGGUGAACAUCAUGUACGAUGGUCUGGAUGCCGUGGCCGUGGACCAGCAGCCGGUGAGGAACCACAACCCCUGGAUGCUGCUGUACUUCAUCUCCUUCCUGCUCAUCGUCAGCUUCUUCGUGCUCAACAUGUUCGUGGGCGUGGUGGUGGAGAACUUCCACAAGUGUCGGCAGGACCAGGAGGAGGAGGAGACCAAACGGCGUGAGGAGAAGCGGCAGCGGCGCCUGGAGAGGAGGCGCAGGAGUAAGGAGAUAGGCGGGUCGGGCCGGCGGUCGGAGGCCCAGCAGCGACCUUACUACGCCGACUACUCUCCAGCCCGACGCUACAUCCACACACUGUGCACCAACCAUUACCUGGACAUCUUCAUCACCAUCAUCAUCGGCGUCAACGUGGUCACCAUGUCUCUGGAGCACUACAGGCAGUCGCAGUACCUUGAGGUGGCGCUGAAGUACUGCAACUACUUCUUCACCGUGAUCUUCAUCCUUGAGGCCCUGCUCAAGCUGAUUGCGUUUGGAUUCCGCCGGUUCUUCAAAGACAGGUGGAACCAGCUGGAUCUGGGAAUUGUCUUACUGUCCAUCAUGGGGAUCAUGCUGGAGGAGAUUGAGAUCAAUGCUUCCCUGCCCAUAAAUCCCACCAUCAUCCGCAUCAUGAGGGUCCUCAGGAUCGCCAGAGUGCUGAAGCUGCUGAAGAUGGCUACGGGGAUGAGGGCCUUGUUGGACACAGUGGUCCAGGCUUUACCACAGGUGGGGAAUUUGGGGCUGCUCUUCAUGUUGCUGUUCUUCAUCUACGCGGCCCUAGGCGUGGAGCUCUUCGGGAAGCUGGAAUGUACAGAAGACAACCCCUGUGAAGGUCUGAGCAGGCAUGCCACUUUCGAGAACUUUGGGAUGGCAUUCCUGACCCUGUUCAGGGUGUCCACCGGGGACAACUGGAACGGCAUUAUGAAGGACACACUGCGGGAGUGCAGGACUGAGGAUAAGCACUGCCUGAGCUACCUGCCAAUCUUCUCGCCUCUCUACUUCGUCACCUUCGUGCUCAUCGCCCAGUUCGUGCUGGUCAACGUGGUGGUGGCCGUGCUCAUGAAGCACCUGGAGGAGAGCAACAAGGACAUGAGUGACGAUGACGACAUGGACGCCGAGAUGGAGGCCGAGGAGGAGCUGCGAUUCAGUGCGGCCUCGGAAAGCUUGGACCUGGGACCGGAGAACCGGCCCACCUACAUGACGCCACGUUCUGACUCACCAGAUCAGGAUGGAGGGUCUUAUCAGCCCAAGGAGGACUCGCUGUCUUUCCAGAAUAUGUCUGUGUCCAGGAUGCACUCCUUGCCUAAUGAUAGCUACAUGUUCCGACCCGUGAGACCAGCCAGCGCCCCCUAUCCUUUGCCGGAGGAUGGUCCCAUAGGCAGAAGUCUUCAUUUAGGUUCCACAACUUCUGUUCAGUCCCAGCCCUGUGGGGAGAGCUUCCUGCUGCAGGUGCCUGGAGCGUCUCCCCAGACACAGUGUGAUGACGGGGGCCGGCCAAGGAUCCAGCCACCCCCAAUGAAAGCCUACAUGGGCAACUGCAAGUCGCGCCGCCAACAGGAGGACUUCAGGAAGAUGAUGAAAAAGGAUUCUUUGGAGGCCAGAAGCUUUGAUGGCCUGGAAAGGCAGUCUGGAGAUAGCUGGAAUAUACGAGCUCCAAUGCCAGACAGCUUGACUCUAUCACUGCCCUGGAUGGCGUCCUCUGGACCUGGCAGCCCACAGGGUUCCCCUUCACCAUCCUCACGACCUCACAAGGGCAGCAUGUACCCCCGCUGUCCAGUUCUAGGCCAAAACCGCGUUUCACGCCGAGCUGCCAUCCCCGACGGCCCGCUUCCCAGCUUGAAGGACCCAACUGAUGAGGAAGUCUGGCACAUCAACAGCUCAGCCCGGCGCCGGGAGGGACGCAGCCAGCCGGCCACCCGCAGCCACUCGCUCUCGCCGUGUGCCACACCUGCUGCCCGGCUGCCGAAGAGAGGCAGCUCUACCCACUUGGUGGCUUGCCGGACCAAGGAGAACGACCCAAAGAAGUUCUCUAGCGUGGAUGCCGACGGCUUCCUGGCCAAGCCCUCUGGGGCCAACGAGGCUCGCCGUCACUCUAUCGAGAUUUGCCGCUUUGCCAAAAAUGGUGAUGGCGACGGCUCAGUCCUCAGGCUUCCAACCCAGCACCCAUGGCAAGGCUCAUCCCGGGGAAGGUCCGUGCCAACCCGGAGCCAAACCGCCCCCAGAAAGAAGAAGAUGAGCCCACCUUGCAUCUCAGUGGAGCCGCCCCGGGAGGCGGAGCUUGCGACCGUCUCCCUUGUUCCCCCUCCAGAGACCAGCACGCUGCUGCGCAGGAGGACCCCCUCCUCCGAGCUGCCCCCGCAGCGUGGUGACCCCACAAUGGACCUACAGGAGGCGCUGCAGCCUGCAGAGGUCGCCUCCCAAUCUGAGAGCCUCCGGCGCUGUCCUGGCAGCCGUGGGCACCUGUCUGUACUGCAGUUGCCGGAGCUGAAUGCGCGGAAAAGUGUGGCAGAUGUGUCUCGGGAUUCUGAGCCACUGGGCUCAUCGCCCUGCUCUGCAGGCCGGGAGGCUGGGGUCCAGGACGGUCCGAAUGUCCGCUCUGGUGAGGCCGGAGACCCUGCUUUAGCCAGCCCUGCCAGGAGUCCGCUCCGGAAGAGGGGCCUCAUUGGAGUGGCGGGCACCAGGACUGAAGAUGUGGACGACGCUCUGGCAUAGCCGGAGUUUGUCAGAUUCUGCAUCGCUGUGCAGAACAGAGGGAGCCCACCUGACCUGGGUUCCAGUACUUUCCAUUGGAUAUGCAAUUUAACUCUUUUCGCACUGGGAUCUUUACUUCCCAUGGCUCAAUCACAUUGAUUUGGGUUCCAAAAUAUGUACCGAUUUUGUUUUAUUUUAUAGAUUUAUUUAUUUACUGUCAUUUCCUUAAAGACACAGUACAUUGAGGUACAUCUUCAAAAAAAAAAAAAUAAAAACGUGUACAUGUUCUGUACAUCUUGUGGUAUAACAGGAAAAUAUUGUACCAUUGAAGAAAAUAGCUGUGUUCAUAUGCGCAUAUUUUUAUAGAGAUGAGUGCCAUUUUGCACAUACCAGUUUGAAUUUGAAGUGGGUUGGUGUUCUGUUGUCCUUUUGUGAAUGUACAGUUUUUUUUAUUAUUAUUUCAGCAGUUGUUGGAUUGAUUCUUGCAUACACAGAGCUGCUGAAAGUUUAAGUUUAUUUUUUUAUUCUGUGGAGAACACAGAUCUUUUGUAUUGAUGAAAUCCACUGAAAACCAAACUACUAAUUUUCUGUAACCCGAGUGCAAUAAGUGAUAUUCAGGGUUCAAUUUAUUACAAAGAGAUUGUGUGAAUAUAUGGAAUUCCCACCGGAAGUGCAGUGUGACCAGAACGAUGAACAACCAACCCUUUUUCAUUCAAAAGGAGACAGACUUUUAACUACGCUUUUAUGAAUUUCUCUCCCCUUCUGAAAACUGUGCUAGUGACAUGAACUCACUCGGAAUUUACCACCAACCUGACUGUACAUGAAACACUUUGAAUAGCCAAUCAAAUAAUAAUUGUCACAAAGUGUGUUUUCCUGUAUUGUAUUUUAUGUUUGUAGUUGUUGGGAGUAGGGCUUAAGUUGAGUCAAUUGGUCAUGAUGUUAUGGUGUGAUACAAGAAAUCUAAUUAGACGUCCCACUAAAACCAUUUGAUUUUUCCGCCUUGAAGUGGUGCCUUUAGAGUUGGGAAUUUCAGGUUUUGACAAGAGUUCAGAAGCUAAUUUUAAACAGGACGUGAAGUUUCUCACUUAUCAGACGAUAUUUGAUUAUAUUGCACACAGAAGGAGAACUUCAUGGCUUUUUUUGUGGUACUCAGUGGUAACAGUGAGACUACUUAGGGGAUUAGAACAAAUCUGAAGUUUGUAACAUAUUUAUCACAUGUACAAGUAUAAAGUUGCAUGAAUACCAACGAUUUUACUUGGCCGAUGACCCUUUUUGACAAAUUUCGGCCUUCAGACUAGUAUUUUAUUGUGGGUUCAGGGCUUUUUGUAUAAAAAUGCAAUGUUUAUAGCUCUCCCACACUUUAAUGAGUAGUUUAGGCUUUGAUAGGAAGAAAGGGGGAAAAGAAUUUUAAUAUGUACACAGUAGGAAACCUCUUCAGUAUUUAUAUGCUUUGAAAAUUACACAGGUGAUAUUUAAAUAUUUUUAAUCUGAAUCUUCAAGUCCCGUACUAGUAAAAACAAUUCCGAAUUUUUUAAAUAUUUAAAGGGUACUUUUGAAAUGAAAUUUAUUGUGAGUAUAAACAUUUACCUCAGAAGAAGCAUUGAUAUUUAAGAGCUUGGGAAUACGCAGUAGUGCCUCAAAUAUACAGUCCAUAGUAAUGACAAACGUGUUUUCCUCACAGAACACUCUGAAUUAUUUGUGUGUUUUCGUUUCACUUGCAAUAAAAUGAAGUAUUUUAAUUAAUAUUUACACUCGUUGAACGCACGCACGCACAUCCAAAGAAUUUCGUCCUGCUGAUAACGUAGGAUAAAAGAAACAGCUCGCGCGUUUUGGCGCCUCGGAACAUCAUUGGUGUGUGCGAGACAUUAGUCCGUUAAUACUUCAAGAAAAAGCAUAUUGAUUCAAAGAUGAGCGCUGCACAUCUCUCGUUUUUAUCGAUGGUAUUACAUUUUAUGAAGUACUCGAUCGAUAAUAUUAACUUAAUUUUAACGGCGCUGAGUCACAAAAAGGCGAACGUGAUCUUGGUAGUCAGUUGUGUGGGUAAAGCUAUGGGAUAUAAUAUAUCUUAUGGCAUCUUUUAAGAGCAACUUUGUGGUAGAUUAUCCUGUUAUUUCAUUUUAAUAAAGGACGCAAAAAUACUCCAAUGUUUUUUACAUUUAAUACGCCGAAGAUGUUCUCCCUGGUUUACGCUCUCUGUUUUAUAUAAGAGGCCCAGUUUUAUUCACUGGCUUGCAGUGCUUGGCUGAAUAACUGGACAGAAAUUUUUACCGGCUAUAAGGAAACAAGAAGUCUAAAUAAGGACAUGCACGUCCUAAUAUUCUAAUAAUCGUGAUCCUGCCGAUAUAUUUUGCAAUCGAUAGCUUUAUGUAGCCGAUGCUGAUAUCCGUUAACUGGUGACGUGGGGGAAAAAUAGCAAAAGCCUUGCAGGUCCAGAAGUAAAAUGGCUAAAACAGACGUAGCAUUGAUACUGUGUAGCGCAAAUGGACUUUUCUAAUGGGUGUGCAGAUGACUUGCGGAAACUGCGCUAUUUAGCACAGAACUGACAGCGCGAGACUCCAGAAACAGUGGACGGUAUCAAAGGGACACUUCUUGUAUUUCACGUUUUCUCUGAAAUGCUAUUGAAUUAACCGAGUUUAUUUUAUUAUUCAUUUGCUGACAACCAGAUUAAAGUCAAUGUCAUUGAUGGUAAUAAUUAUUAUUGAAACUGGUUGUUUAACAUGUACAGAAGGGGGUGUAGUCUGUCAAGAUUAAAAUGAUAAAAAAGUAAAGUGUCUUGCUUCUUUACACAAAGACCUGCUCUUAGUAGUGACCGCACAUUCACAUAUUGUGUCAGCGUUUAUGUAAAAGGUUCUGUCUUUCCAAUACACGUUUGGGCUGUAGAUGUGUGGAACUAGUCUCACAUAUGUAUCACGUGAGCUGGCUUUCUGUUGUAACUUCAUGAAAUGAGUAUUGUAAGCGUAUGUACGAUAAUCGCUGAAAAGCCAUAGUCUGUUUAGACCAUGAAUGGGAAGAAAUGAAAGUAUUUAUCUUUGUCUUAUUCUCUACUUGAAGUUACGUGUUUAGUUAUGUUGCCGUUAACUGCCGUUAAUAUGUAUCCAUAAUAAAAAUAAAAAUAUGAGCGUGCAAGGAAGAAAAGAUUAGCUGUAGGAAAAAAAUAUAGUUUUAGAAAAGCUUUGAAAUGUAGAAGUCGAUUUCCCUCGAUUUCAAUGUUUGUUUUUUAUUCUAGAUUACUGAAAAUUACUUUUUAUUCAAAAUGUUUUUCUUUUUAUUCAAAAAUGGCCUGAAUCACAUAUUACAAUGUAAUAUAUUGCAUCAUGCUCAUUGGUUUAUUUAUUUUUAAUAAAUAUCUUUUGUUUACUA